AUAACCUUUUAUGCAGGGGCGGACUGACAACUCAUGGGGCCCCCGGGCAAUAGGGGAUCAUGGGGCCCCUGUGUCCUUGCCCAAACUCAAAAAAUCCUAUGAAAAAGGUACCAGGGGCAUCUCAUGGGGCCCCCUACUGACCCCGGGCCCUCGGGCAGUGCCCGAGUUUCCAAAUGGUCAGUCCGCCCCUGGAGCCUGCGCCAUUCAUUCUGUGAAUGAACAACAAGUCCCCGACAGACUUUGCAGCUGUCAGCUUAUAGUUCUCAAUGAUCUACCACGGCACUGUUGAGCACUGUGGUAGUUCAUUGAAUCUUCCUGUCAGA